AGUGAAGUAGUAAUCAUUAGCUUCAGAUGUGUGGUUGCUAUUCAGCAGUGUUACUCUGAGUUUCAGUUCCCGGACAGUGAUUCUGACACGUGAGCAUUGAUCCAGUGUAGGUGCAUCUCAUUCUCUGUAGUAGGCCUACACUGUGAGAUAAAAACCGCGAAGACUCAACCCAAGGAUUUGGGGAUUUAAGAAAAAAUGGUGUCAUACACGAGCUAUAGAGAGGGGAUUUGUUGUUGUUUGAGCUUGGUCACAAACGGUCGAUGGAUUUUGUUUUGCUGGGGGACUUGGCAAAUACUGUACAUGGUUCUAUAGGCUACUAGCUACAUAACGGUUUUACGCGCAAUGUUGAUUCUCAUGCUUGUAAAGUUAUGUAUGCGGUACCUGAGGAGUCUGUGUGAAGUUGGACAGUUGAAUGAAUUGACAAACAAUCUAUACCGGGAGUCCAAGGUGUCGCUUGUCGAUGUGGAAUAAACUGUGACCCUAGAAUACCCUAACAGGUGGCUCUCCGACGAUAUGCGCGUCAGUCUAACAACAGCUUGCACACUCUCCAUAAUCUUCGGCUGACAAAGCUUUUUUUUCUGCAUCUACAGUCCGUUCAUUACUAUUCAGCAGCACUACUCUGCAGUUACCACCGAGCUCCAACAUCGUUUUGAUGCGAAGCAGAAUAUUGGUUUCUGCGUUUACUCGGGAAUAACAUUUAGCCUGGGAAUGUUUUCAAGCUGUGCGCUCACGUGGACCAACUAGGAGUGAUUCUCGAUGAUAAUUGGAAUUCACCCGGGUUAUAACGCAAUGUUUCCAGAAAUUCAUAUCAAGACAGAGAAGCCCGAUGCCUACUCCCAGCAACACAAACUCCAGCCUGAAUGCACACGCCUUGGGUCCAGCCGGGCCUACCAGCAGCAGCAGAACUGUGGCUCGGGCAAAGGCACCCUGCCCAAGCUGGAUACCAAGCCCUUGGUUGUAAACAAUGUCAAGUACCAUCACCUGUCCGAAAGCAUCCUGCCCAACAUCACCAGCAAGGGCCUGCAGAACACCUGUGAUAGGCAGCUUUCAGGUACUAGGCACCAGGAAAGCUUCCAGGAUGAGAGAUCACAGAGCUCCACAGUGGAGAGUCUGCCAGAGUCCAUCAACAGGAAGAACAAUCAGGAGCAGGAGAGGAAUAUUGAGGGACACAAUCUGCCCAUGUCUCCUGCAGAGGUCCUGAAGGCGUUCAAAGAUCGUCUGACGGAGCAUGAGCAGGAGGAGGUCAUGGACUACUCCGAGGUCUGGUACCUGGGCCUGGAUGCCAAGAAGAUGGAGGGUUCCCCCAGCCUGCCCCAUAACUCUGGCUAUGACGAUGAGAGCGGAGGCUAUCUGAAGGUCGCGCAUGACCACAUAGGCUUCCGGUUUGAGGUGCUGGAGGUGAUCGGGAAAGGAUCCUUCGGACAGGUCCUGAAGUGCCUGGAUCACAAGACCAAUGAACUUGUCGCCAUCAAGGUCAUUCGUAACAAGAAAAGGUUCCACCACCAGGCCAUGGUGGAGUUGAAGAUCCUGGAUGCGUUGAGAAGGAAGGACAGAGACAACAAACACAACAUCAUUCACAUGAAGGAGCACUUCUACUUCCGGAACCAUCUCUGCAUCUCCUUCGAGCUCCUGGGAGUGAACCUGUACGAACUCAUCAAGAAGAACAACUUCCAGGGCUUCAGCCAGAUCCUGGUGCGCCGCUUUGCCUACUCCCUCCUCAAGUGCCUGCAGAUGCUGCACAAAGAGAAGAUCAUCCACUGUGACCUGAAACCGGAAAACAUCCUUCUGUCACACAAAGGCCAAGGCAACAUCAAGGUCAUUGACUUUGGCUCCAGCUGCUACGAGCAGCAGAGAGUUUACACCUACAUCCAGAGCCGCUUCUACCGUUCCCCAGAGGUGCUCCUGGGCCAUCCCUACAGCAUGGCCAUCGACAUGUGGAGCUUUGGCUGCAUCCUGGCUGAGCUCUACACUGGCUUCCCCCUCUUUCCUGGGGAGAGUGAGGUGGAGCAGAUUGCCUGCAUCAUGGAGGUGCUGGGAAUGCCUCCAAAUGAUUUCUUGUCGACAGCAACCAGGAAAAAGCAUUUUUUUGAUUCCAAGGGCAACCCCAGGAACAUCACCAACAGCAGGGGGAGAAAGAGACGGCCCAACUCCAAGGAUCUGGCCAGUGUCCUGAAGACCAACGAUCCUGUCUUUCUGGACUUCAUCAAACGCUGUCUCAUGUGGGACCCUAAGAAGCGCAUGACGCCCGACGAGGCCAUGCAACAUGAGUGGAUCCAGGAGGCCCGCUCCAACAAGUUUCGGCCCAAGACCCGCACCGUGAGAAGGCCCAGCGAGAGCCUGAGCAACGUGGAGAACAACAAGAUAGAGCAGCACAUUCCCCACAACCCAGCCCUCAUCAACAAGAUAGUUGACAAGGCAUUCUACAGCCCGUUCUCCAACGCCACAGACAAGAGAGAGAACUCUGUGAAGCUGGCGUCCGCCGAGCGCUUGCGUCCGAUCGGGGCUUCGGCCGAGGGCCAGAUGGGCGAGGGCAAGACCAAGAGCACCAGGGCUGUUAGCAGCAGCAAGCAGGAGGUACCUAGGGAGAGAUCAGUCCACAUCGUCAUCAGACCCCGGCUGGAGCACACUGUAGACGCAGACAGGGACAGUCUGGAGCCCCAGCAGGGCCUGUCCCCCAUCACAUGAAGGCCCCAGGGACAGAGGGCUUGGGGCUGGGAGGGGGUUGAGGGGACGGGGGAUGCAUAGGUCACAUGCAUAGGUCACAUCAGGGUUAAUAUCAUCAGAGGUCAAACAUAAGACACAUAUUUAUAACAUUAAAUGGGGUCAUGGUUGGAGUGUAUCCUGUUUUGUAGAUGUAGUGGGUCAUCAAUUUGUUAUAUACAGUGGGGCAAAAAAGUAUUUAGUCAGCCACCAAUUGUGCAAGUUCUCCCACUUAAAAAGAUG